UGAAACCUGAGCCCCGAGUUGGAGCAGAAUCGUUGGACCUCCGACAUCAGUGUUCAUCAUCGUCUUCGUCGGAGUGGGCGGAGCCAGAUGAAAGAGCGGCGUGAGGACCGAAGGAACUCCGUUGCCGUCUCUGUCUUCUGCUCUUCUUCUUCAUGAGCUCAACGAGGUUUGGAUUGGAGGAAGGCAGCCAUCACCAUCAUCGGAUAAUGAGGGAGGAAGCGAGCUGACCCAGUUGGAGUCUUCUUCAACGGAGAUGCCGCGAGUUGGACUGGAAGACGAGUUGAAGGAGGACGCCAUCGGAGAUUAGAGGAGAGAGGGAGGAAGACGCUACUGGAAACAGAGUCGUUGAGAGACGCAAGCUGAACAAAGGAGGAGCUGAGGACGUCGUCGUUGUUGUUUCCUUCUUCGUGGAUUUCAAUUGGUAGGCUCAGACAAGAAAACCGUGCAAGCAGGCAAGGCAAGGGAAUGUUGCUAUGGCUGUACCUAUUCUGGUUUUUAAAGAACCUGAACUAUUUCGUCAAGAUCCAUGUGAUGAUAUCAGAAUGUUUACUAUCACCGAAAUUCCUCUACUUGGCUUCAGCAGCACUUUCAGUUUCACUUUCUGAUCUGAAGUGUCUAUGGGCUUUGUCAGUGUUGAUUUGUCCUGUAUUUUGCUGGGCUUGUUUGGCCGCAUGCCUGUACUCAAGAUACUAGCUUUCUGUGAAAAGAGUAGCAUUUCUUAAACUUAAGUUCUUCUUUUAGUUAUAGUAUUUGGAAAUUCUGUUAAGUAUGAUGUUUUUGAAGACCUCAAGGGUUUUGAAGAAUCGGACUGUGCUGCUCCCUUCAAACUCAUCCUUCACAUCCAACCAUGAAAUUGUUCAGAAGAUUGCCUAUACCCUUAAUAAUCCAGGUUCUAAUUAUUCUCAACGAGCUACAGAACUGCAUUGUUUCUGCUCAUUCAUCAACCCCCAUGUUACUCAUCCUGUUCUCUCAAACCGUUGCUUAUCACCUCAAUCAUCCUUGGCAUUUUACAACUUGAAAGCAAACUACUCCCUUGGUUCCUGUAAGCCUGACAUUCAAGAUUAUGCAUGCCUCAUUUCUAGACUCUACCAUGCUCAAAAGUUUGCGGAAAUGAAGAAUAUUUUGAGUUGUAUUGUGACUGAUAAGAAGCUUUGUUGCCCUGUUUCGGAUUUCCUUGCUUUCUUUGAUAAAAGAGAUCACCACUUCUUCUUAAAGUUGUGUGAUAUGUUAUUCAGGGUAUAUUCAGAUAAUAGAAUGUUUGAGGAGGCUUUUGUAGUCUAUGAUUAUAUGGAAGAAAAUGGGUUGGUGAUAGAGGAGAGAUCCUGUUUUGUGCUUUUACUUGCUUUGAAAAAGUGUAAUGAGACGGACCUAUUGACGAGAUUCUUUAGGAAGAUGGUUGAGUUAGGUAGGGUUGAAAUCAAAGUUCAAUCUUUGACACUUGUAAUUGAUGUUUUAUGUCUGAAAAGGGAAGUUGAAAGAGCUAAGGUUUUGAUGGAUGAGAUGGAAGGUAAAGGCAUAGUGAAACCCAAUGUUGUCACUUACAAUACAUUGUUGAAAGCAUACAUUGCAAGAAAAGAUCAAAAGGGUGUUAAUGCGAUAUUGAACUUGAUGGAGAAGAGGCAAGUUGUCCAUAAUUUGACCACUUGUGAUCUUUUGAUACAGUGGUAUGCAAGUUCUGGCAGCAUUGAAGAAGCUGAAAAGCUAUUCACCAAUAUGUGCGAAAGAGGGUUAGAACCAGAUGUUUAUGUGUACACUUCAUUGAUAAAUUGGAAUUGUAGAAAAGGAAAUCUUAAAAGGGCAUUUGCUUUGUUUGAUGAAUUGAGUGAGAAAAGCAUUGUUCCUAAUGCUCACACCUACGGGGCCUUAAUUAGUGGUGUAUGCAAAGCAGGCCAAAUGGACGUAGCAGUGAUCUUAGUGAAAGAGAUGCAAAAGAAGGGUGUUGAUGUAAAUAUAGUAAUAUUUAAUACAAUAAUUGAUGGUUAUUGUAAAAGAGGGAUGAUAGAUGAAGCUUUGAGACUCAAAGUUGUCAUGGAAAGCAAAGGUUUUGAAGCAGAUGUCUUCACCUACACUAGCAUUGCUAGUGGGCUGUGUAAAUUUAGUAGGUAUGAGGAAGCCAAGAGGUUUCUAAGUGAAAUGGUUGAAAAAGGACUGACCCCCAAUGUGGUAAGUUUCAAUAUAUUGAUUGAGAUAUACUGCAAGGAGGGGGACCUUGCAGAAGCUGAGAGGUUGUUCAGGGAUUUGGAAGAGAAGGGAGUGAUACCUACUAACUUUUCAUAUAAUACCAUUAUAUAUGGUUACAGCAAGAAAGGGAAGAUGGAGCAGGCUCAUAGGCUAAGAUUUGAAAUGAUCCAAAAGGGUUUAGUGCCGGACGUCUAUACAUACACAUCACUUAUACAUGGUGAAUGUGUUGCUGGCAAGGUAGAUGAGGCACUGAAACUUUUCAAGGAAAUGUCGUUAAAGGGCAUAAAAGGGAAUGUUGUGACCUACACAGCAAUUAUUUCUGGUUUGUCUAAGGAGGGGAGAGAGGAAGAAUCCUUCAAAUUCUAUGAUGAGGUGAUAAAGUUGGGCUUUAUACCUGAUGAUAGAGUAUACACUUCACUUGUUGGCAGCCUUCAUAAAUCUGGAUCUCAUGAUGCUCCACAACGUUAGAUGCAUCUUCGGCUGGCUACAAUUUUUUUUAUUUAUUUUUGGGUAUUUCCGCAAAAGGUUAAGGAUACAGUGCUUAACAGACGUGACAUGGAUGACAUGCUCUUUUGAAGCCCAAUUGAUAAUAACCAGAAAGAAGGAAAAUCCAGCUCUCGUGGAAUCUCAACUAGAGCUUGAAUUCUCAGAAUAUAUAGUCUGUCUAAUGUUAGAUGUCCACGUUUGAAUGGUGGUUUGCAUGGCAUAUCUCUCGGAUGGCGGAGGAAAUUUGCUGCUACUCAAGUUGCCAGAUGAGGAUAUUUUAAUAGAGAAGAGCAAUGGAGGAAAGAAAGCUGCCAGGACAUCCAACAAUGUCAUAAAACAACGAGGUCUCCGUGCAAAAGAUGUUCUUGAUACCUCAAUGUCUUCCAGCGUUUGGUGGCUGCUGAAAUAUUCUCCUUUCCUAAGCUUUGCAAUAGUCCUUAAUAACUUUCAAUUGAGAUGCUGAUCUUGAAACCUAAUAACUGACGAAUUCAAUAUGAAAGGUCUGAGAAAAAGUGCCAGACACAUUUGAAGAAUCAUUGUAAAAAUGAGAAAUUCUAAUAUCAUCGUUUACUUCCAAGUAUGAACUUUUCCACGUA